AAAGAAUCAAUAUCAUCAUCGCAGUUCGCAAAAUCGCAAAGCAACCUCGUCUCGUAAGCGUAGCAGGCAGCUUUUGACGGUUAAACUGCAAUGACCCCAAUGCCCCUCGGUUCUCGAGUUUACCCUCGAUUUCUGCCCUCGCUUUUACCAAUUAUUUACAAUUUUGUCUCCCUAUAUUUAUGUCCUACUUUUUUCCUUAAACCCCCUCAUUGAUUCCUUCUUCCUAACACACAUAGCAGAAAUAACAUUAACACUCUGCUGCACGCGCCAUUAAUCGAAGAAUCACUCCAUUCGCUCAUUCACCACCUCUCUCUCUCUCUCUCUCCUCUCUCUCCCUGUCUCUUUCUCAUUAUAGGAUCACAAGUAAGGGAGUUCUGUAUAGAGAGAGGGGAGGAGAGCAAAGGGGAAGUAAGUAAGCACGAGAUGAGUUUAAUGCAUUGACUGGUAGACGAUUUUUCUUCGUAGUUUGACUGUUCCGGCGACUGGAGGAAAACAGUGCGGACUUCAAUGGAUAAUGAGUUGCUUGAAGUUCAGCAAGUUACAUCAGGUCGUCUGAAAGGAAUUCAUUUAAGUAUUUUGUCUGAUGAAGAUGCUGGGAAAAUAUCAGCAAUGGUCAUUGGAACAGUCAAUGAAGUGUCGGAUGCUGCAUUGGGGCUCCCUACGAUAAAUGCUACUGAAUGCAUUACCUGUGGUGCAAAAAAUUUAAGGGACUGUGAAGGGCAUUUUGGGUUGAUCAACUUCCCAUAUACAAUACUAAAUCCUUAUUUCAUGUCGGAAGUUGCACAGACCCUUAAUAAAAUCUGCCCAGGGUGUAAAUCCCUUCGGCAUAGUAAGAUUAAGAACGCGCAUUCUGCUUCAAGUCACCAGCCAAGAAAUUGCAGAUAUUGUACUGGGAAAUCAAAAGAUGGCUAUCCAAAAAUGAAAUUCAAAGUAUCUUCAAAAGAUGUGUUCGCAAAAACUGCAAUUAUCGCGGAAGUUAGUGAAGCAUUGGUGAGUAAGAGCUCCCAAGGAUGUCUGGCUUCUGAUUAUUGGGAUAUACUCCCCAAAGAUUCAGCUCAAGAACACAGUACUCUGCCACCAAACAAAAGAGUUCUAUUGCCAGCACAAGUGUAUAAUAUUUUAAAGGAUGUAUCUCCAAGGACUUUGGAAGAUUGCUUCAGAAGGAAAAACUUGAUCUUUCUCAACUCGUUGCUGGUGACUCCUAAUAGUUAUCGAGUGAGAGAAUUUGGUCAGCGCAUAACUGUUGAUGAGACUACAAAGGUGUACAGAAAGCUUAUUGAUUUUAGAGGCACACCGAACGAAUUAAGUGCUCGUGUUCUCGAACGUUACAAACUUUCCAAGAUACGCUCUGAAAAGCUGUCAAACUUACAGAAAGUAUAUGAGAAACAAUCAACAAAUGAUUCAGCUUCAAGUUCAUCAGGGCUGAAAAACAUAAAAGAUUUGCUACUUGGAAAGCGGACGGAUCAUUCUUUCCGCAUGGUGGUUGUUGGUGACCCCAAAGUUAAGGUUCAUGAAAUUGGCGUGCCAUUUCAUGUUGCAGAGAAUGUGCUUAUCAACGACCAUAUCAAUGAAUGGAACUGGGAGAAGCUAAUGCCAUGUUGUGACUAUAUGCUUCACCGAAGAGGACACUUCUCUGUUCUUCGGAAUGGUCAGAGGAUUACUAUAUGGUUUAAGGACAUGUUGCGUGCGGGAGAUUCCGUAUGUAGGCCUCUUAUUGAUGGAGAUAUUGUGUUGAUUAAUAGGCCCCCAUCUAUUCAUCAGCACUCCCUUAUUGCUCUGUCUGUAAAAGUUCUCCCAAUAGAUUCUGUUCUCUCCAUUAAUCCUCUAAUAUGUUCCCCUCUCCGAGGGGACUUUGAUGGAGAUUGUCUCCAUGGUUACGUUCCUCAAUCCAUAAACUCCAGAAUAGAGCUCAAUGAGCUUGUUUCAUUGAAAAAUCAGUUAGUCAAUGGACAGAAUGGUCGGAACCUUUUGGCACUAGGUCAAGAUAGUCUGACUGCUGCAUAUCUUUUUCUCCAAGAUGGAGUUAUUCUGAAUAAAACUGAGAUGCAGCAGCUGCAAAUGUUUUGUUCUUGUAUACCAGUGUCGCCUGCUAUUAUCAAGUCUGAAUCUGGAGCUCGUUUCUGGACUGGGAAGCAGUUGUUUAGUCUUCUUUUGCCUCCGGAUUUUGAAUUCACUUCUGCAUGUAAUGAUGUAUCUAUAAGGCACGGGAAGCUUGUCUCAUCUUCCCAUGGAUCAUCCUGGUUAAACGACAGCAGUGGGAACCUAUUUCAAUGCCUUCUAAGACAUUGCCAAGAUAGAGUACUUGAAUUCCUGAGUAGUGGGCAGGAAGUUCUUUGUGAGUGGCUGUCAAUGAGGGGACUCACUGUCUCGUUAUCCGACCUUUACCUGUCCCAAGAUUCAGACUCCCACAAGAAUCUUCUGGAAGAAAUAUCAUGUGGCCUGCGGGAAGCAGAAAGACUAUCCAAUGCCAGUUUGCUGAUGGUUGGUUGCAACCAAGAUUUUCUUGUAGAUUGCUCGGAAGAGAGCGAUUACAUGGAAAACUUUCUGAAGGAGAGGAUUUUGAUCGCUCGACAGACUGUACCAGAACUUUUUCAGGCUUCAGUUUCUGCAGCCAAGUCAGUUUUUCGGGACAUGCAAAGUCUGGCUUACAAGUACUCGGGCAGUAGUAAUUCAUUUAUAGCUAUGCUAAAGGCUGGGAGCAAAGGCAAUUUGCAAAAACUAUUCCAGCAUAGCAUGUGUGUGGGGUUGCAGCACUCGUUGGCUCCAUUAUCUUUUUCAGUUCCCCGCCACCUGUCUUGUGCUUCGUGGAACCACCAGAAAAAUCUUCCUGAUUUACAGACAUCGCAUGGUUACAUCCCGUGUACAAUGAUUGCCAACUCCUUCUCAGUUGGUUUAAAUCCUCAUGAGUGUUUUGUUCUUUCAUUGACAACCCGUGAUGGUUCUUUUGGUGGCAAUGCUGAUAUCCCUGGCACUCUAAAUCGACGCUUAAUGUUUUUCUUGCGAGAUUUAGUAAUUGGAUAUGAUGGAACCGUCAGAAGUUGUUACGGGAAUCAAGUUAUUCAGUUUCAUUAUUGCUCUGAGGAAACAGAUGUUAUCCAUGCUGAGGGCCAUAUGGGUGGUCAUCCUGUUGGGUCAAUUGCGGCUUGUGCCAUUACUGAAGCUUUAUACAGUGCUCUGGAUCAGCCCAUCAGUGUCUUUGAACCAUCGCCUAUGUUAACUUUAAAGAAAGUACUCGAAUGUGGAGUGAAAAAGAGUACUGGCUCUAAAAGUGCAUCACUGUUUUUAUCCCGGCGACUUAAAAGAUGGGCAAAUGGUUUUGAAUAUGGAGCUUUAGAAGUGAAGAAUCAUUUGGAAUGUUUGCCUUUCUCAAACAUAGUCUCAGAAGUAAGGAUAUGCUACUCCAAGAGGACAAAUAGCAGCACCCGUAUUAGUCCUUGGAGUUGCCAUUUUCACAUAAACAAGGAAGUCGCCCUCAAGAGGAGGCUGACAUUGCGCUCAAUUAUGAAUGCUCUUCGUUUGAAUAAUAAAUUAAAUGGAGCAAAAUCCAAAUUUGAUCUUCCGAAGUUACAUAUAACUAGCGAGGUUUGUUCUGCAGCUGACACUCAUACUGAAUCUACAAUUUGCAUAUCAGCUGCAUUAACUGAGAGCAUUCAGAAUAUCCCAGAUGUGGACAUUCUUCGUGAUAUGGUCAUACCUGCUCUUCUUCAAACUGUUGUAAAAGGAUUUCUGGAAUUCAAGAAGGUCGAUAUCUUAUGGAAAGAGGGACCCGAUCGUUCAAAAUUCCCCAGAUGCGCUUUGGGUGAACUUUUCUUGCGAGUUGUCUCGUCAGAAUACUGUGAGAUGACCAGGUUCUGGAGUACGCUCAUAGAUAAAUGUCUCUUUAUGAGAAAUAUAAUUGACUGGGAGCGCAGUCAUCCAGACGUUCUUCUCGAUUAUUGUGAAGCGUAUGGAAUUGAUGUUGCAUGGCAGUAUUUUGUAAAUAAUUUGCAUGCUGCUAUAACUGACACUGGCAAGUCCAUCCUUCCAGAACAUUUAGUUGUUACAGCCAAUUGCCUUUCAGCUACGGGAGAGUUUGUGCCACUAAAUUCAAGAGGACUGGCAAAUCAAAGAAAGGAAACAAAUGUUUAUUCACCUUUCAGUCAAGCCUGCUUUUUGAAUCCUAGUGAUAGUUUUAUAAAAGCUGCCAAGGUGGAACAAAUGGAUGCUCUUAAAGGAAGUCUUGAGGCUUUGGCAUGGGGACAAACCCCUUCUAUUGGAACUGGUUGCCAGUUUGAUCUUUUAUACAAGGGGAAGGGACAUGAACCUGCUGAGCGCGCAGAUGUUUACACUCUGCUGAGUACCCAUGUUGCGUCUGCUAAAGCUAAUGCUAAGGUGAAACAAAAUGGUAGAAAAUCUAUUGCUUCGUAUCACUUCAACUCAAAGGGGCAAAAGAUUUUGCUUCGGAAAAUGCUCUCUCAACAUUUCACCGAAGUUGGGAUUCAGAAAGUUUCACGGAAACUAAAGCGUAUCCUGAGAGAGUAUCCUGCAAACCGUCACCUUAUUGGCGAAGACAAGAAUACAGCAAUGAUGGCUCUAAAGUUUCAUCCAAAAUUGCAAGACAAGUCUGGAACUGGUAUUUUGGACAUAAAGGUUGGCCGUCAUCCAGAGCACAAUAAAAACUGUUUUUUCUUGGUACGUACAGAUGGCACCGAGGAAGAUUUUUCAUAUCACAAAUGCAUCGAUCAUGCUCUGGAAAUGAUCACUCUCGACAAGACAAAGACAUAUCAACCCAAGAACAACAGAGUUGCCCAGAAUCCUGCAGUUGAUGUGGAAUAGUCUCUUUUAUCUGCAGAAAAACGAAUAAAUCCUAAGGGGUAUCAAACAAUCUUGAAACUAAGUCUAAUUUUGUGUGUAGAAAUAAAUGCUUGCAAGUUGGAUAGCCCAAGCUUCUUUUUGGCGCUUCCACUAAAGGUUCUUUGCCUGAAGUAGGGGCUAGGGAUAUUUAGUGGAAGUACCAACGGGAAAGCUUUCAAGGGCUAUCCAUUUUCAUAUUGUGUUGUUUCUUGCUUCUUAAUUAUUUUUGUUGUAAUAACAAUCUCAACUAUUGCAAUUCUGUCUUUACCGUUUCUUA